CUGGGAGGUCCACGUGUACUCAUUCCUCUUCUCUCUCAUCACCUUCCUGUUCAUGUUGUUCAUCCUGUGACCCUGUAGUCCUGUGCUCUGACCCCGCCUGCAGCUCCAGCAGGGCCCUGUCCUCAAGGACCCCCAGCUCCAACCCUCACCCUGCAGUGUCUCUUUCAUUUGGUACUCCUCAGUCCAAUCAAUCAAACAGGGCCCUGUCCAGAGAAGAAUGGUCCCUAAGGCCUUUGAUUAUAAAUGUGGAACCAUGCAGUCCAUCACACUACAACAGAUCCAGCUCCACGCCACUGCACAACAGUCACAAACACAAGCAGCGUGCAAAGCAUCAUAAAAGCCAAGUUAUGGGUCUGUCACCUAUCGGGAUGGCAGGCUCUGCUCAGAGUCAACACCGUAGAGCCAACCAGAGGAAAAGGAAGAGAAAAAAACACAUCCACAGGCUAUUAGAAGAUGAGAAAGAUGACCUGUACCAGCUCUAUGACCUAGACAGUUCAGAUGAAGUGCUGGAGGACAGCUACACACAGGCGCCACACAAGCAGGCCUCACGGGGCUGUGUUCGCAGACGACAGGGAGAGAGUGUGUACAACAUCAACAACAUUGUCAUCCCCAUGUCCCUGGCUAAAGUGGAGAAGCUGCAGUACAAAGACAUCCUGACACCAAGCUGGCGGGUGGUUGACCCCUUUUCUCUGAACUGUGAAGCAGAGAAAGAGGAGGACAAAGAGGAGGGGCAGGAGGAGGAUAACAAUAACAACGUGGUUGCCCGGAGACACAUGGAAUUAGAGCAGAGAGAGAAGCUGCGCUGGCCAUCAUGGGCGAAAAUAAAAUGCUGCAGACGUCCUGAAAGCAGGUUGUCAGGGGGCGGGAUGUGCACAUCAGGAGAGGAGAGCUCUGCUGAAUUGAGUUGUGCUCAGCUGCUGGAUACUGAUGAACAGCAAAGCCCUGAGGAGUGGCUGCCUCAGACACCCUGGGAGCCACGAGAGUUUCCUCUAGAAAAAGACGAGGAAGACGCCCUACUCUCCGAUAACCUAGAAGAAGUGGCGGCAACAGGAGGUCAGAGUGUAACUCUACCCCCACAGCAGCAAAGAACUCCAACUCCCAUCUCUCCCCUGCUUCCUGCUCUGGUAUUACACUGUCAUCUGGUGGACAAAGCAAGAGCAGCUGAGAGAGCAGUGCCUUACUUUAACAUAUCUCCUCACAUCUGGGACCCUGACGUUAAAUGAUGAGUGGGAUAAUUGGGAUACUUAAUACAUUCCAGAACAGGGAUUUGAUUGUGUCUGCUUAAUACUUUAAAGUGUUUUUAAUUGUAUCUUGUGAGUAUUGUAGCAUGUGCCAUAAUAGUGUAAAUUGACUACUGUAGCUUAUGCUAUACUUUUAAGUUUCAAUGUACAAGAGGUACUGUAUGUAGAGAAGAAUGUACUAGCACUACCCAAAUGUAGUCUCAGGAUUGCAUACUGUUUGUAGAUGCCACUCACUAUUUAUUUAUUCAUUCAUUCACAGCUGUCUUAAAAAGAUAGUAUAGGAAGACUUUAGAAUAUAAAUAUAUAUAUAUAUAU